UGAUGGCAAUGUCUAAAGAACUGCUGCCUACGUUGAUGGGCGAAUAUCCGGUUUCUACUUGCUAUGCUUUAUCGUGUCGUGUUCAAACGAUGGAGACAGGAUGGAGGCUUUUCGAUGUUGCUCUCGAAUCUCAUGGAUUCGAUUCUGCUAGCGCAUACAAGCGUCCUAUAGCAGUCUGCCUACGACCUGAUCAGACUAAGAUAGAUGCGGAAGGCGUUGGUUCACAUUAUCAUCAUGUUCAAGUUUUGUUUCGGCCGUUAAAAUUGUUUGAAUUGUGUUGGAAGAAAAGAGAAAAGUAUCUAGAUAUCAUAGGAGGACGUUUUUAAAGUAACAGGGACCGAAAAUUUCCUAACGUCUUUUGGUUUCGCUAACUUGAAACAUGUGUCCGCCUCCCUCAGUUCUUCAAUCCAUUUGAGUAUCCGUUCUUAAGAGCCUGCUGCAAUGCCUCGGGAAUCGCCUUGCCGUUGGCCAUCUUGCCAUUGGCGGUGACUUCCUCGACAGGCUUGUCGUUCACUGUGUAACCAGUGUCGCUAGCGUCGACGAAGGCAUCAAGACCUUCGCCGUUGCGGGGGUAUUGCUUCAUAAUCUCCUUGUGUUUCCGGAGAGCUUCGUUCAUCUCCUCGGCCUUCACGUCGUUCAGGAAGGUGCAGCUACCAAUGGGGUUGGGCACCGCGGCUCGCAGCAUGCCGUCUCGCGUCUUGAGGAUAGCCUUGGUGGCCUUGUCGAGCAUCUCCUCGUCGAAGAGCUCGUGGUCCAUGGAGAGGCCUGCUCUUGAGAAGAGGUUGAGAAUUCUGUGGUGCUCUUCCUUAGACAGUAGUCCGCGGUGGUUGGCCAAUGUGGCUGAGUAUGCCAUAUCAAUGGAGAUGGCAUGGCCGUGGCGCAGAGGCACUGAAGGGGAGAGCUGUUCACUAUAUCAGCUUUGUUCGUCCGCAAAAGUUCGUUUAACUCACUUCGUGGAGAGGGCUCCAUGUGUGACCAUAGGCGAUGACACGGUCCAGACCAAUCUCGUGAAGGUUAGGAGUCUCCAGCUUCAACAUCUCGUGGAUGCCAGCACGGUUGAUCUCAUCUGCAGCUUGACGGACUUCCUGGGAAGCAUCAUCGGAACGACCAAAGCGUGUCUGAAUCAACUUCUCGCAGUACUUGUCAAGUAGAUCAAACGU